GCCACGCCCCCUCACGUCCACUUCCUGUAAACAAAGCAGCAGCUGUCUGUCAGUCAACCCUGUGUUUUCGCUCAUUUUCUACACCCCAUUCAGCGGUUUUCGACGAUGGCUCAAGCCGGAGUGGUUCUGGACAAGGACCAGUUCAACUGCUCGAUUUGUCUGGACGUGCUGAAGGAUCCUGUGACCAUCCCGUGCGGACACAGCUACUGCUCGGAAUGUAUUGAGAACUACUGGGACCAGGACGACUACUUGGGGGUCUUCGUCUGCCCACAGUGCAGGCAGAACUUCAACCCGAGGCCGCUGCUCGCCAGAAACACCAUGUUGACCGACGUGGUGGAGAAAUUCAAAAAGACUGGACUCCAAGAGUUCACGACGCCUUCAAACCAAAGUUUCGCGGAGGCCGACGACGUGGAGUGCGACGUCUGCACCGGGAGGAAAAACAAAGCUGUGAAGUCUUGUCUGGUGUGUCUGGCCUCCUACUGCGACGUCCACGUCCAGCCUCACUACGAAUCUGCUGCUUUCAAGAAACACAAGCUGGUGUCGGCCUCCAAAAAACUGCACGAGACGAUUUGUGCCCGGCAUGACAAGCUGCUGGAGGUGUACUGCCGCACAGACAAGCAGUGUAUCUGUUAUCUGUGUCUGACUGAUGAACACAAAGGGCACGACACGGUGCUGGCUGAGGCAGAAAUGCACCAGAAGCAGAUGCAGCUUGGUGACAUGAAGCAGAGCUCCCAGCUGAGAAUUCAUCAAAGGGAAAAGGAGGCCCAGGAGCUGAGACAAGCCAUUUUCUCCCUCAUUCGCGCUGCUCGGGCGGCAACCGAGGAGAGCGACGCCGUCUUUACCGAACUGAUGCGGUCGAUCGAGCUGAAGCGCUUUGAGGUGAGAGAGCUGAUCAAAGCCCAGGAAAAGAUGGCCAUCAGUCAGGCCGAGCAGCUGCUGGAGAAGCUCCAGAAGGAGAUCGCUGAGCUGAAGAAGAACGAGGCCGAACUGGACAAACUUUCCCACACCGAGGACCACAUCCAUUUCCUUGAGGGUUGUCAGUCUCUCCAUGCUCCACCCGAGCUGUCAGCUUUGCCUCCAGUCACCGUUGACCCCACCCUCACCUAUGGCCCAGUGAUGACAGCUUUGUCAGAUUUUAAAGGCCUGUUGCAGGAGGUCUGCCAGGGAGGAUUUGUCAGCAUCUACGAGAGAGUGAGAGAUGUGGUAAUUGUAGGUCCUCCAAAUCCUGCUGUGCAGCUAGACACAACCCAGCCCAGUGACGGUGAAUCAGCCGUACAAAUGGAAGCAACAAUAGUGAUCCCUCCACCUGGCCUAGACCAAAGUCCGGUGAACCCUCUCAACCCUUUCCUCACUCCAGGACAUGCUUUGCCCACAUUUGCCUUCUCACCAUUUGGCUCCAAACUCUCCUCAGGAUCCAGACAGAGGCACGUACAGCGACGCGCUCACCCCAGGAGGAAAUAGACUUGUAGCGGGCAUCAAAAAUCAACAUUUCACAUGCACCUACACGGGCUGAAUGUUGUUACACCUCAGUGCUCUCCUCUCCUUUUCCUCUCACAAAUCUGCACUGACACUUAUGAAUUGUACAUUUAAUAAUUCAACUUUUGGCAUUAUUGUGAUUGUUUUGUUUUCACCAAUCAGCUACACUUACUUCUUGCAUUAUAGUGCCGGUGGAACAGAGAUGUGGAAAGCAUUUGUAAGUGCCACAGAGGACCUCAUUGACAAUGCAUUUACUUUAAGUGUUAAGCAGCACACAGGACUAACUUACUCCAUCUUAUUUCAGUCUUUGCAAGGAAACUGCCUUGAAAUCUAGUAAAGUAUUAGUUUUUUUUAACAAUGUUGUGCUUUUAUAAUUUAUUUUUCAUUUUUUAACCAAAACUACAAAACAAUAAUUUUGCUUUGCAGACACGUGUAAUAAUAUAUUGUGAUUUGUGACAUGCUGACAUUAAAAAGCAAACAGACGUGUAUAAAUUA